AUGGAAGAAGGUUUAGACAACAACAUUUUGGAUUUUGAUGUUGAUGGUGAAAAUGACGUUAAUCAAAGACAAUCUGAAUUUGAAGUUGAUGGUGGAAAUGACAAUCAGAGGCCAUCUGAAUUCGAAAUUGAUGGUGGAAAUGACCAGGUAUUUAUCGAGGACCCAAAUGUUGUGAAUGAAGAAUGCAUAAUUGUUGGUAAAACAUUUUGCUCACUUGAUGAAGCUUAUACAUUGUAUAAUAAUUAUGUAUUGAACGUUGGUUUUGGUAUUAGGAAACGACAUUUUACUAGGUCUAAAGUGACGAGUCUUAUCACAAGAUAUCGCUAUGUUUGUAAUAAAGCAGGAAGAAGUAGAGACCAUAUACCUAAUAUGACAGUUCAAGGAAAACACUUAAGGGUUUCUCGUAUAAAUUGUAAGACCUUGAUGGAGAUUUCAUCAAAAUUCGAUGGCAGUUGGGCCGUUACAAGAUUUGAAGAUAUACAUUGCCAUGAAUUCACUUCUCCUCCGAAAACAAGGAAACAUAGGUCUCACAAGAUCAUUCAUCGGUCAAAAGCUUGCAAGUCACUAAUACAAGAGCUUAGUCAAAGUGGUCUUAGACCAGUUCAAAUAAAGAAAGUAGUUUCUGUCAUCUCAGGGGUUGAAGAAGAUAUUAUAUCUUCAAAACAAGUGUCUAACAUAUUAGGCAUAGAGCGUAGAAGCCAUUUGGGAAGGGAAUGCUAUGGGAUCAUAGAUUAUUUUAAGUGA